CCCCCGCGGAAAAGGAGCCCAGCGGCGCCUGCCCAGCCCAGCCGAGGAUGGAGAGCCGGCUGGGGUCCUUCCAGUAUGUCCCGGUGCAGCUGCAAGGGGGGGCACCCUGGGGCUUCACCCUGAAGGGGGGCUUGGAGCACUGCGAGCCGCUCACGGUGUCGAAGAUUGAAGAUGGAGGCAAGGCAGCCUUGUCUCAGAAGAUGCGAACUGGUGAUGAGCUGGUGAAUAUCAACGGCACUCCAUUAUAUGGCUCCCGCCAAGAGGCCCUCAUCCUUAUUAAAGGCUCCUUCAGGAUCCUCAAGCUGAUUGUCAGGAGGAGAAACACCCCUGUCAGUAGGCCGCACUCAUGGCAUGUAGCCAAGCUGUUGGAAGGGUGCCCUGAAGCGGCCACCACCAUGAAUUUCCCUUCUGAAGCUUUCAGCUUAUCCUGGCAUUCCGGUUGCAACACAAGUGACGUGAGUGUACAGUGGUGCCCCCUCUCCCGGCAUUGCAGCACUGAGAAAAGCAGCUCUAUUGGCAGCAUGGAAAGCCUGGAACAGCCAGGCCAAGCUACCUACGAGGGCCAGCUUUUACCCAUUGACCAGAACAUGUACCCCAGCCAGCGUGACUCAGCCUACAGCUCUUUCUCAGCCAGUUCAAAUGCCUCUGACUGUGCCCUUUCCCUUAAGCCAGAAGAACCACCCUCCAUAGACUGUGUCAUGCCAGGCCCAGGGCCAACUAAAGUCACUGUUGGCCAACCUAAUGUAUCUGAGACCUCAGGAAGUAGCCACAGUACUGGUGAGGACCAUAUGACCUCCAGUUCCCAUGCAUCAUCCUGCCCAGAAGAAGGCCACCACUCAGGACCUGCCACGCCAGUCCGGGGUCCACCAGAUCCUCCAGUGAGGCGGGACAGCCUUCAGGCCUCUAGAGCCCAACUUCUCAAUGGAGAACAGUGCUGUGCAUCUGAACCUGUGGACUCCUUACAACAGAAGGAGAAGCCAGGCUUAGACACAGUGCUGUCCCCAAGGAACCCUAACCAGUUCUGCUGCUUUAGUGAGCAAGACCAUGUAACAGGCGAGGACCGCCAGAACUGUGAGCUUAGCAAGCCUUCUGAAUCCAGCCAGGCUGACUUUGAGCAUCUACUGAUAGAGGUCUCCUCCAAAGCUCUUAAUUCCCCAAAAGGUUCUGGCACAGAGUUCAGCCUGCUGAAGGAGGCUGCAGCAGAUUUGGCUAACACAUUGUCCUUUGGUGCCAUUCCACACCUCCGAGGAAGCACAGAACAUCGCCAUAGUGCUCCUGCACAGCUGCUGGCAUCCCACCUGCAACAGGUGCACCUCGAUUUCAGAGGCAGCAAGGGGAUAGAGAUGCCAACUAGUCAGGAUGGACACCAGUGGACUGUGUCCCCUUUGCACAACAACCCUAAGGGAAACAAAAGUUCAGGUCUCCCCAAGGGAAGCACCCAGGACCAGCCCAGCAAAGAAAGGAAGACCAGGACCACAGAUGAUAAGCUGAGGGGUUCUGUACACCAGAGCCAAAAUGGCUCCCCACUUGGAGAGGUUGAUGGACAUUCAUCUGAACAAACUUUACUAGACCCAAACCGAGCAAGCAGAGCUAGCAGUGACUUGGCUAGCCAGCCGCCCUCUGCCAUUUGUUCGCCUAUUCAACAAGCCAGAGAUUUCUUUUCAACCCCUAAGGUAGCAGAAGAAAUGGAAGAAGGUGACAAUGAGCCCAAGGAGUGUGGUCGAUUGGGUGGCAGAAGAAGUGGAGGUCCCCGGGGGCGUUCCAUUCAAAACAGGAGGAAGAAUGAAAGGUUUGCUACCAACCUACGUAAUGAAAUUCAGUGGAGGAAAGCCCAGCUCCAGAAAAGUAAGGGUCCAUUGUCACAAUUGUGUGACACUAAGGAACCAGUGCAAGAGACACAAGAGCCUCCAGAGAGUCCUCCACCCUCUGCUUCUAAUUUGUCACUUCUCUCUUCAUAUAAAAAUGUCCCUAGCCCCAGAGAGAAGCUCUUCAACAAAAGCAUGCUUCUCAGGGCCAAAUCUUCAGAAUGCCUCAACCAAGCAUCAGAGAGCUCCAAAGCUAGAGUAGGAUUAGAGGGAAGAAUAAGCCCCGGCCAGAGGUCUGGCCAGUCAUCUUUGGCCCUGAACACCUGCUGGAAGGCAUCUGACUCAUCCUCCCUAGACACUGAGAAAGCAAAUCCUCACCAUGUGGUCUGUAGAGGUCGCUGGAGAUGGUCUCCAGAACAUAACCCUCAGCCACAUGUGGCGCUAUCCACAGAAGGUCCUUCCAGCCCAGAUGACAACAAAGAACUGAAGACAUCUACUGCUCAGGCUAGAGAGGAGGAAGCCAUCCUCUUGCCAUUUGCAGACCGAAGAAAGUUCUUUGAAGAGAGCAGCAAAUCUUUAUCUACAUCACAUUUGCCAGGUUUAACCACUCAUAACAACAAGACUUUUACCCAGAGACCAAAACCUAUAGACCAAAACUUCCAGUCAGUGAGCUAUAGAGAAAUAAGACGCCAUCUCCUGGACCAAUCAUAUCAUUCCACAGAACAGCCAUGCCACGCUUCAGACCAAUCAUAUCAUUCCACAGAACAGCCAUGCCACGUUGCAGACCAAUCAUAUUCCUUGUCGCCACGUCAGUCAGAAACUCCCACUUACCCAGAAUGUUUUGCCACCAAAGGCCUAGAAAAUUCCCUGUGCUGUAAGUCACUGCACUAUGGGGAUUUUGAUUACCACAGGACUUGUUCUUGUUCCUGCAAUGUUCAGGGAACUGUAAUGCAUGAUCCUCACAUGUAUUAUUCUGGAGAAAUCUGCCCUGCCUUGCUAAAGAGAAAUUUGUUGCCAAACUGCCUCAACUAUAGGUGCCACCACCACCAGUGCAUCCGGCAUACGGCUUGCCAUCAUAACCCUCAGCAUGGUACCCUUGAGGACAGCAACUUGGCACCUGGCAAUGCUUGGAAAUCCAGGAAGGCUGCGAUACAGGAAUUUCCUGUGGACAAGUGGAAGCCAAUAACAGGAAACAGGAAAAUUAGUUGUUCAGGGAGGGAAAUGGCUCAUUCUCAGGCCAGCUUGUCACGGUCUACUCCCUUCCAUCCUUGCCUUGAGAACCCACCACUGGACUUGUCAAACCACCGAGCAGUCUCUUCUCUUGACCUCCUUGGAGACUUCAAAAACAAACCAGAGGAAUCUGCAGCUUAUGAGGAUGGGAGCUCCCUUUCCUCCAUGCCCUGCCCACUGAGGAGCCGAGCCUUCUCAGAGAGUCACAUUAGCUUAGAGUCUCAAAACACCCGAGCCUGGGGGAAGCAUCAGAGGGAACCAUUUCCUAAAGGCAAUGAGACUCAGCCAGAUCAUCUCGGGGCCCGGAAAAAGGCUUUUCCUCCUCCUCGCCCUCCUCCUCCCAACUGGGAAAAAUAUAGGCUCUUCCGUGCAGCACAGCAGCAACAGCAGCAGCAGCAGCAACAACAACAACAACAGCAACAGCAACAACAACAACAACAGCAGCGAAGUGAAGAGGAAGUAGAGGAGAAGGAGAAGAAACAAGGGCUGGAGGAGGAAGGGGAUAAAGAGGAGGACCUACCACCCCAAUAUUUUUGUUCAGAAACCACUGGUUCCUGUGCUCCUCAUCCAAAAAAAGGCCUGGAGCCACAGUCCCUGAAGGUGGGCCACCGGGAGGCCUCCAGGCAGGGUUCACAGAGCCUCCCAGAGCAAGAGACCUUUGCUCUGCCUCCCAGUGAUUUUGUGCCUCCAGUAAGGGGCCGCAUUGGAACCCAGCCUGAGAGAGCUCAACCUCCUUGCCAUUAUGGUGCUCAUGGAUUAUGGAAGACAACUGAGCAAGAAGCUACUGUGACCCCAAAACAAGAGUUUCUGCACUUCUCACCUCCUCCGGGGGGGCCGGGAAUCCCUACCUCUUACUCAGCAUAUUAUAAUAUCUCUGUGGCCAAGGCAGAACUGCUGAAUAAGUUAAAAGAGCAGCCUGAGAUGGCAGAGGCAGGCCUGGGAGAGGAGGGAGUUGACUAUGAACUGGCUCAAAAAAAGAUUCAGCUCAUUGAAAGCAUUAGUCGAAAACUUUCUGUCCUGCGGGAGGCCCAGCGUGGGCUAUUGGAUGACAUCAAUGCCAAUUCUGCCCUCAGAGAAGAGGUAGAGGCCAACUUGAAAGCUGUCUGCAAAUCGAAUGAGUUUGAAAAGUAUAAUUUGUUUAUUGGGGACCUGGACAAAGUAGUCAACCUGUUGCUGUCACUCUCUGGUCGGUUGGCCCGGGUAGAGAAUGCUCUCAACAGCAUCGAUUCAGAAGCCAACCAGGAAAAGUUGGUGCUGAUAGGGAAGAAGCAGCAGCUGACGAGCCAGCUGGCAGAUGCCAAGGAGCUGAAGGAGCACGUGGACCGCAGGGAGAAACUGGUGUUCAGCAUGGUCUCCCGCUACCUGCCCCAAGACCAGCUCCAAGAUUACCAGCACUUUGUGAAGAUGAAAUCUGCUCUCAUCAUUGAACAGAGAGAGCUGGAGGAAAAGAUCAAGCUUGGGGAAGAGCAGCUUAGAUGCCUCAAAGAGAGCCUGCACUUGGGGCCCAGCAAUUUCUAAUUCUACCAGGAGUGUGCCACUGAACUCUGCCCAUCCACAAUGCAAAGUGCCUUCAAUCUUCAGUAGCAGUUUGGUAGCCAAGUAUAUAGAAAUUACAGAUGGUUCCAGCUGUCUACCUUGGCCAGCCAUCAAGGAGAGCCUGAGAAGGCUUCAAGCUUCUACCUUAUAGAGCCACAGCAAGGUGUGGCCAUGCUACCAUGCUCUUUCCCAGUGAGUGGGAAUGAAAAAGUGCCUUCAUCUCUGUACUAAGACACCAAAGACUUCACAAACUCUCCCUCACCCCACUACCCUCUGAAGGUUCAGAGCCAAACUGCCCAUGCAGUUUUUCCUCUUCCCUGAAGCUAGUGAGCUAGCUAGCCAUUUUCCACACAGAUUUGCUUGACUUGACUACAUUCACCUCACACCAGUUUCAGGGCUUCACCCAAACUUCACAGCAGGAGGCACAGAAGGGGAUGCUAUAUAUAAGGGGAGCAAAAGUGAGGUAUGUCCACGUAUCCUUCCUCCCCUCCAGUAAUAGCCAGACUUAAGCAAAAUGGUUCCAUGUCUACCCUCUCCAAUAGCAUUCUUACUGUGGCCUUCACCCCAUCUUCACUUGAUGGGCCUGCUACUUUAUACUGUAUGUUGCUCUGAUGUCACUAGUAGUUGCAUGCCAGGGCUUUGCUCUCUGAGCCUCUCAUAUCUGUAUUGCAGCUGACUUCUG